AGUUUAUUUAACAGCCGAUCAGUGUAUGAGAUGCUCGCAAGUGGAAACUUCAAACUAGUUGCUUCAACAUACUUCAUAACGAGGGAAAACCUAAUUGUUGAGUUAAAUACGGAUCCACGUAUUCCACCAGAGGUGAUUAAACCUACCUCGAAAGUUACUAACAAGAGCAAUUACAUGACUACAGGCAACGAGAAAAGCCCAAACAAGAAUAUAACUACAAAUAAAAACUCGACCAAGGAGCCUACCAAUCAGGAAAUAGAGGACGCCCUGAGAGCUAAUAGCUGCACAAGUAUAGAGUUUGACGAGGAAACGGGCCUUUUUGUUUACAAUCAAGACGGGUCAAAGGAAUCUUUCAGGCACGAGAAAAUUCAAAGCAAGUUGGAGCUAGUGCUGUUAUGUAUUUCAAUAUCAGCCGUUAUUCUGGCGUUCAUAUUGUUGACAACACUGAGGCUUAAAACGUCAGAGAAGCUGUUUAUACACAAGAAUCUCCUCUUGUCCCUGGGUCUUGGAAAUCUCGUAUAUGUUUUGGACAAAAGCUUGUUUGCUUCAAGACGGGAUCAUGUGGUUAUGUGUUCGGUUGUGACAGUCUGUCAGUUCUUAUUUUACACUGCGUUAUUCACGUGGAUGCUUGUGGAAGGAAUAAACCUGUACAUCAAGUUGGUUAAAGUUUUCCCAGUGAAAAGACAGUACGUUGCAUACUUGGCGAUAGGAUGGGGAAUUCCGGUCAUCAUAGUUGGAUUAAUAGCAGCUAUAAGACCCAAUACCUUUGAUAUGGGAAAGGCUCAAUAUAAAGACAUCACGUGUGGUUCAUUACACUUUACUGCUGAGAUACAGCGAGUCAGAUGCUGGAUAAACGGAAGUCUGUGGAUUUAUAAAGGACCCAUCUUAGUCAUCCUUGUGGCAAAUAUGGUGUUGUUUGCGAUACUUCUUCGUGUGAUCUUUGGGAAAAUAGCUGCCAAGAACAGCAACGACCACUUGAAAAUCACUAAGAAAAGUCUGAAAAGCAUUUUCGCCCUUCUCCCCCUGCUGGGUGUCACAUAUGUUGUUGGAUUUUUUAUCGAGUUCCAUCUUGCUUUGGAAUACGUUUACAUAUUGCUCACCUCCACACAGGGAGUUGUGUUUUUCAUCUUUCAUUGUGUCCUUGAUGAUCAGGUGCAGGAUGCCACUCGGAAGUUGUUUGUAAAAUGCAGAGCAGAUUCUAAGACAAGGACAACACCAGCCUCCAAUCCCAAUACAAAACCUGUUGUGGAAAGAAACUCCUGUAUGAUAUUGGUGUGCUUUAGAAGACAGGAAGAAGGCGAAUGAUGUGACAAUGAAGUAUUGAGUCACUCGCAGUUAGCACACUGAUAAUAAACAUCAAUGGAAGUAUACAUGCACUCUUGGAGUUUCCUCGUUUUAAGUAUUAGAAAAAUGUAGUUUGCUGAUCCUACCGCAAUACUGUAAUGGUAAUACGAAUGGUUUCGCUAAAAUUGCCCAGACUGAGAAUUGAUAUUUAUCUGCUGGCAACAGUUCGCAAAUAUUUCCUUUGUCGUCUGAUUCAACCACAAAAUUUACUGAGUAACAUUAUAAUGUACUUGUGAAUUGCCAUUCAAGAAUACAGGCCAUGGAAUCAUGAAGUUUCAAGGGCGUCUAGAUCUGAUAAUACUCAAAUCACAAUUCAUAAUUCACUACAACUUAGGGAGUAGUUAAUAAAAAAUUUAGUCAAUCAAUCAAUCAAACCGUAAGUCAAUCAACCAAUUGCAAUCAAUCAAUCAAUAAAGAAAAGUCAAGGCAAUCCUUGGAUACGGUGGCUGCGCCCGCAGUACAAGCUGUGGUCAAAACUUAGUUGUCCUACUGAAACGACACGAUAACAGUCUUUUUCUUCACAGCUAACAAAAAAUAAAGUCAAUUCUAAAUUGCUUUGGCUUCAUCUUAUACUCAACUCAAGAAUUCUGGUUUUAAUUAACUCUACGAGGAACAGCAUAUUUUGUUCAAAAUGUCCAAAGUGACAACUAUCAUCCUAUCUGGCGACAGCGAUCGAAGAGCGAGUUUAAUUGCCGAGCGCGGACGACCCAUUUUUGGCGCCAAAUUAAAAGGUCGGAGACGCAAAAUGUUUCAUGUUUUUCACUCU